UCCUCCCAUUCGCCCCCACCCGCAUCCCCGUUCCCACCACCACCACCACCACCACCACCACCCCGCUGCCGCCGCUCCCAUGGCCGAGCUACGACCUCGCCCUUCCCGCCGGCUUGCCUUCCUAGCCUUCUUGUGCCUCCUCCUGCUGGCCGCCCCGCCCCGCCUCGCGCUCGCCCGCGCGGCGCCCUCCGCCGACUCGAUACACAAGCUACUGCGGUCGCACGGUCUCCCCGGCGGGCUGCUCCCGCGCAGCGUGGCGUCCUACACCCUGGACGAGGGGAACGGCCUGCUGGAGGCGCGGCUGUCGGCGCCGUGCUACGCGACGUACGACAACGGCGACCUGGCCUUCUUCGACACCGUGGUGCGAGGGAAUCUCAGCUUCGGCGCGCUCCGCGGCUGCGAGGGGCUGGCUCAGGAGGAGCUCUUCAUGUGGCUCCCGGUGAAGGGCAUCCUCGUCGCCGACCCGGGCUCCGGCGUCAUCCUCUUCGACAUCGGCUACGCGCACAAGAGGCUCUCGAGGUCGCUCUUCGAGGAGCCGCCGGACUGCAAGCCGUCAGCCAGCACCAGUAUGGGCGCCGUCGAAGCCGCCAGGUGGAGGGAUAGGCCAGGUGUUCCUGGGCUGAGGGAGAGGAGAGAGGCAGAGGGAGGAGAAGGGCACCAAGACCAGAGGUGAAAAUGAGCCUGUGAAGAGAGGAGGAGGGGAGAGAGAGAAAGACAAGAAGACCGAGACAAGUUCACCAGUUUUCCCCUUGUGUAAAAUCAGAUGAGACCGAACCUGUGGUGAUGAAUGAGAAGUGCUGCAAACAACUGCUAAUGCCUGCAGAGGUUGGAAGAAUGUACUUAAUGGAGAUGUGGGUACCUAAAGCGCUUCUUUUUUGUUCUGUUUUUGCCUCCUCUUUUCUCUCUCUCUCUAGUCCAUGCAUGCAUGCUCCUGUGUGAUAGUUGAGUAUUAAGUUGAGUUUGUCAGUGUUGUGUUGCAACUUGCAAGCAAGAAAAAAAACAAGGUAAAA